GCGCGGUGAGGAGGGGCCGCGCGGGGCAGGGGGCGCGCAGAGCGCAGUGGCCGCAGCCAUGUUCGGGGGGCUCCGGAGAUGCUUCGAGGACGAUCCCUUCUUCAGGGAUCCCUUUGCUGCCCACCAUGAGCACAUGAGGCAGAUGAUGAGGAGCUUCUCGGAGCCUUUUGGGCGGGAUCCAUUCCUGAGCCUCCCGGAGGGAGAGGAGAGACCGGCGGGGAGAAGAUCGGAGUGGAGAGCACAGCGGGACUCGCAGCUGGCUGUGAGGGGCGGCGGCAGGGCCACCAGCUUCUCCCUCAUGCCCUUUGCAGGCUUUGGGAGAGUGCAGGAUGCAGGUUUUGGAGAUCCAUUUUCUGCAAUGGACAGGAUGAUGUCAGACAUGAGGAACAGCAUGCUGGAAAUGCAAAGGAAAUUUGAUGACCUGUCCAUCCAACCUGAUGGACACAGUUUCAGCUCCUCCUCCAUGAUGACUUAUUCCAAAAUGGGGGAUGAACCUCCCAAAGUUUUCCAAGCCUCGACCCAGACCCGCACGGCUCCGGGAGGGGUUAAGGAGACAAGAAAAGCACUGAAGGAUUCUGAGAGUGGCCUGGAGAAAAUGGCCAUUGGUCACCACAUUCAGGAUCGGGCUCAUGUCAUCAAAAAAUCCAAGAACUCCAAGACUGGGGAUGAGGAGAUGAACCAAGAAUUCAUCAACCUGGAUGAAUCUGAGGCUGACACCUUUGAUGAGGAGUGGCAGAAAGAGAUCAUGAAGUUCAGGCCCUGCCGAAGCAGAGGAGCUGUGGAAUCUCCAAGAUCCAAAAGUGUCCAUUACAGUCCCAGGGAAAAUGGAUCAAGAAGAGAGAAGCCGCUUGGAGCUCCAGGAUCCAGAGUGCCCAGGGAUUCCUUGGAGACUCUCAAUGUGAAAGGAACACACGUUCCCCUGAAGAGCUGCAGGAAAUAACUGUCCCCAUUCCCUUGGGAUGGAGAUUCCCUGGAGCAGAUGAUGGUGCUCAGUGCUCGUGUCCGUAAAAAUACACCCGGAUUUGUGACCAAUCUCUGUUCUGUGUUGUGCCUUUGCUCCUCCUGCUUCUCAAUGUCCUUCAAACCUCAGCUCCUCAGUGAAUUAACACCCAACAACUUUCUGCCUAAAAGCACUUUAUGGAUCCUCUCUAAUCCUGUUAAAAACAGCUUGGAUUUGCAGAGGUUUUCUGCUCCAGCUGCACCAAUCUCAGGCUUUACUAAGCCUGGUACUGCAGCUCCUCCUUCCCACUCUAAGUUGCACAGAAAGUAAAUUUUCUUUCUUUUGGGUUGCUGAAAUAAUUACUGAUUUUCGAGGUUAAUUAAUAGAACUUGAAUACACUAUAAAGCUCUUUAAAAUCAUACUGUAAAUUGUUACCCCCACACUUACCUUGGUGUAACAUAGUGCAAUGACAAUACUUUAAAUUUAUCAGAGCUUUGAUGUUAAUGAGCUGUGCUUGCACCUCAUUUCCUGUGCCUGAACUGUCCGCUGUGUUUUCCUGAUCCUUGUUUGUUUCCUGUGGAGUUGGCCCAUCAUUUUCCAUCUGAGGAUUGUCUGUAGUACCUUUAGUUACCCUGUAGCAGUAACAGUGUCCUGAGAUCAGCUGCAGCUAGGAGUUAUUAGUGGGAAAAAUAUGUGGGAGAAAGAAAGGAGUUUAACUGGAAUUAUUUUUCACUGUUUGUUGUGUUCUAAAGAGCCCUGGAUACAGGAACCCCUCUCACCCUCACUGUGGUCUUUGUGUUUUACCCUAAAUUUACAUUUGAUUGGAGUCUAGAAGAGCCAGCAGUGUCUGAGAACAGGAAAAUCCUGCAGGUAUUCCAGGUGUUCAAUCCCUGUGCUGUUGUGCCUCACUGAAUUAUCCCCGUGGUGUAACAUAAAGAACUUCUGUAAAUUAAAUAACAUUAAAUAAUACAAAUUAAUUUAAUAACAUUAAAGCAUUGCAUAAAUUCAAGGCUUCAUUAUAAUGUAGCCUUAAAAAGCACUGUUUGUAUCAUAAAAGAAAUAGGGUUUAGUAAGUUAAGAGUAAUAUUUGUUUGGCCAAAAAGCCUCUAAAUCAUAUUUAAUAUUCCUGCAGUAUCCCCGGAAUAUUUAAUUUUAAUUAAUGAAUGUUUGUUAAUGUGCAAACCCAAUCAGCAGCACUUUUGUUGAGUUCUGAAAAGGACAAUUAUUUGCUUGUUCCUGCAGUGGUCUUUUCCUGAGUUAGAGAAGUAUCAGUGGCAAUAAGUUGAUGUGAUCAAUAAUAAUGGCAAUAAUUGAACCAUUUAAUGAGCAGUGAAGGUAAGUGGGGGUCAGGGGACACCCCUUAAAGUCAGAGCUCAACCCAUACACUGGAGACACCCUGGGUUCUGCAAUUAAUGUAUUAGAGAAGCUUCUCAGUAAUGAACAGCAGCAACUGAUGGAACUUGAGCCGGAAUGUUGGAGAGCUGCUGCUGUUAAAUGGAGAAUUCACCUGACAACUGGGAUUUUUGUGUGGAAUAAACCAAGCACAUCCUGGCUUUUGAAAUGAUGGUGGGAAGAGGUGAAUAUUCCCUCCAGAGCCCUUUGCUAUGCCAGGCCUGUUCUCCAAUGUAAGGCACAAGUUGUGCUCUGUAGAAGCAUCUGAAACUGCAAUCCUUUAAUAAAGUUAUUUAUUAUUUA